AGCUUCCUCAUAUCUCUUCUUUGCGUAAACCUCCAGGCUCUGGCUCUCCUGUUUACAUUGUCAUACAACCUGUCCUGACUGCUGCUGCAGCUACAGGCUGCUGUCACUGCAUGAGGCGUCAUGAACACACUCCUACCUCUAUGUCAACUCAACGGAUAUUUGAGCUUUGGGCGGAUUGUUUAGCAGUCCCACUCACUUCCCUUUCUGCGCCAGUAGCAACAGGCAUGCUGCCAUCAGAAGCAAACUGGUAACUUAAAAUAGGUUUAAAGUAGUUAUUACUCUGUCAUCAUGGGGGACUCGGACGGGACCGGGGCCUCAACCCGCAGGAGGAGGGCGACUUUCGCAGCGGGGAGAGCCGCGACUCUGCUGCCCGGGAACGGGAGGUCUGCGGCGGCGUGUCAGAGCUCAGUGACCGCUGACGACAGCAAACACAAUGGCGAGGGGAAACAAGUGGAAACACUCCUGUCUGGUUCAAACAGUGAGAAAAAGAAACGCAGGAAUGACAUUAGUGAUAGACUGAGCUGUCAUAAGACGCGGGAGUCCCUGCUGAGUUCAUCAAGUGGUUUCAAUAACUACAGAGGAAUCCUCAACUGGUGUGUGAUCAUGCUGGUGCUGAGUAAUGCUCGCCUCUUCUUAGAAAACCUGUUAAGGUACGGUGUUCUGGUGGACCCUAUUCAGGUGAUUUCCUUGUUCCUGAAAGACCCCUACAGCUGGCCAGCAGCAUGCCUGGUGAUUGUGUCUAACGCUUUCGUCCUGGUGGCUCUCUACACAGAGAGGCAGCUGUCCAAGGGUUCCUUCACUGAACAUGUGGGGUUUCUGGUCCAUUGCAUUAACAUGGCAAACAUGCUAACAUUCCCUGCUGCAGUGGUCCUACUGAUCCCCUCCAUGACCCCAGUCGGCGGUGCUUUCGUUCUUGGUACUUACACCAUCCUCUUCCUAAAGCUCUACUCCUAUAAGGACGUCAACAUGUGGUGCAGAGAGCUGAGCACAGCCAAGGCCAAGAAGCUGGCCAGGUCGCUGUCCUGUCCCUCAGCACAGCAUAUGAAUGGAGGCGACCGGAAGGUGUCCUACCCUGGAAACCUCACCAUCAGAGACAUGUACUACUUUGUCUUUGCUCCGACUCUCUGCUACGAGCUCAACUUCCCUCGCUCUGCUAACAUCCGCAUGGGUUUCCUGCUGAGGAGACUGUUUGAGAUGCUGUUCUUCAUCCAGCUGUUAGUUGGUCUCACUCAACAGUGGAUGAUUCCCAUCAUUCAAAGUUCCAUGAAGCCACUACAGGACAUGGAUCUGUUCAGGAUGACCGAGAGGCUUCUAAGAUUAGCUGUUCCUAAUCACUUGCUGUGGCUGAUGUUUUUCUACGGGUUCUUCCACUCGUCUAUGAACUUCACAGCUGAGCUGCUGCGCUUUGGAGACAGACAGUUUUACAAGGACUGGUGGAACUCUGAGACGGUGACAUAUUUCUGGCAGAACUGGAACAUCCCUGUACACAAGUGGUGUCUACGCCACUUUUACAAGCCGCUGCUCAGAAGAGGUUUUAGUAAAAUGGUCAGCCAAUCAGCCGUCUUCUUCUUGUCGGCUUUCUUCCAUGAGUACUUGGUGAGCGUUCCUCUGAGGAUGUUCAGACUUUGGGCCUUCAUGGGCAUGAUGGCACAGCUUCCAUUAGCCUGGUUUGUUGGUCGUUUCCUGCGGGGCGAAUACGGCAACGCUGCAGUCUGGAUCUCAAUCAUCAUCGGUCAGCCGUUCGCCGUCCUGAUGUACGUCCACGACUAUUACGUCCUCAAUUACAGACAGGAGGCUGACUGAUGUGAACACACACACACACACACACACACACACACGCACCUCAAUACAUUAGAAUAUGAUGGAAAAGUCCAUUUCCAGUAGUUUAAGUCAAAUAGCCCCAACCAAGUAUUGAGUCAUAUACAGUACAGGCCAAAAGUUUGGACACACCUUCUCAUUCAAUGCGUUUCCUUUAUUUUCAUGACUAUUUACAUUGUAAAUUC